GGCUACUGUAAUACAAGUGGUGUGGUGAAGUGAGCAGCUUUUACAGAUUUCAUUAUAGUUUUAUGCUCAUUCGGUUUUUAUAUUUAACAACACUCAUAUAGGUAGGUAAAUCUAUUUCUCGCUGAAGCUGAAGAGAAUACAACUAAAGCUCAAAACGUUAACGUUAGUAAUUUCGUGAAGUCCUUCAGCGACACAGAAGACCAUAAGUUGUAAACAUUUAGGGUUUUGGCGAUGGCUAGCAAGAAAUCAAAGAAGAAGAAACACAAAAAGGAGGAAAGUUGUUUAUGUGAAGAUGAGAAGGAGGAGAGAGACACAAAGCGAGUUAUCAGCUCAAAAAGCAAACAUCAUCAUCGUGUAAGUUUUGAUAAAGAUGAAGCAAAAGGAAGGAGGGCCACUGUCUCAUUGCCAGAGAAAACAUUUGAAGCAAUAUUGAACAAAAGAGAUGCUGGAGAAAGCAAGAAAAAAAGAACCAAAAAAAAUAAAAACAAAGGAACUGAGAAAUCCAAACCAGUUCUUACUUUGCCUAAUAAACAUGACAAAAAAUGUAUGAAUGUCAAAGGCAAGCAUAAAAAUGCAAGUCCUCAUAUCUCUGAAAAAAAGCCUAAAGACCAGCCUUCUUCAGAAGUGGUGGCAAAAAAGAGACAGAAGUUAGUUUCAAGAAAACCUGCAUCAGAGGAUCUCAGGUGGACACUUGCAAAGGAUGACUGUUUACUUGAAAAACUCCAGCAGAGAAGGAUGAAGCCCAUGAAGCGCCGCUUGUCACAAGAGCUUCAUGUUCAACCCAAACGAAGAAAUGUCAAAAACGGGACCGAUGUAGCACAAACAGCUCCAACAGAAAUGAGGAAAAAGUUGGUGGGAAAAAGGUCUAAAAAGAUCAACCAACCUGCUGGUGCCAGCUUGCUGGAUUCUCCUGGUAAAACCAUGAAAAACAACUCCAAAGAAGCUAUGCCAGCAGUGAAACAUGUAAGAUCCAAACCAAAAUUACUAGAAGACAUUUCACCCAAGAAGAAAGACCAUGUGAAGCAGAGAAAAGCACUUGGUGUACUUUUAAGAGAAAAACAUCCAGCUUUUUGUGGAUCUAUAGCAAACACCAAAUUCAAGAUCCCAAAGUUGCCCAGUGCUGUUAAAGCUCAGACAAACACGGAUAUAUUUAAUGUUAAUUCUUCAGACAGGAGGACUCAAAUUACCCCUCAGCCAUCUCUUCCUGGUUCUUCUCCAGCUAAACCCCAAAAUUUCCUCUUGCGGCAGCAAAUGCAGAAGCCUGAAGAGGUUUCUGCUCAAACCUCUCAUGAACUCUCUUCUCCUUGCUCGUCACGUCUUUCAUAUGUAUCUCACCAAGUCCAGCAGGUGCACACAGAUGAUAAAAGAGAGGUCACAAUGUCAGACAGUGCUUUUCGCAAUGAACAACAUAUAUCUUCCCAAAAAGCUGCCAAAACCUAUGACUUUGAUCAAGAGGUGCAUCUAGUGGAGGAGCUUCACCUGGCACGCUCUGAGAGGCGACUGGACGUCAAUUUGGAGCAAAACUGUGGAGAGCUCACCUGCAUGGACAUUGAUCCUCCAGAAGAGGGUGCCAACACCAUACCAAAAAAACAAGCCGUCCUUAUUGUUCUGGACACCAAUGUGCUGCUCAGCCACCUGGAGUUUGUGAAGAAGAUCAGGUCAUGUGGUUUUGGUGGUCUAGGAUUCCCAACAUUGCUGAUCCCGUGGGUGGUACUGCAGGAACUGGACUAUCUAAAGAGUGGUAAACUCUCCAGCAAGGUGGAGGACAAAGCAAGGCCGGCUGUCCACUAUAUCUACAGCUGCCUCAAAAACCAGGAGCCCAGACUCAUGGGCCAGUCAAUGCAGCUGGCCUCCCAAGCUGACUGUGGGCCCGGGGUUGUUAAUAAUGAUGACAGAGUCCUGCAGUGUUGUCUGCAGUACCAAGCUCUAUACCCAGAGGGAGCUCUAGUUCUUUGCACCAAUGAUAAGAACUUGUGUAGCAAGGCUCUGCUCAGUGGGGUGAAGGCCUAUAGUAAGGCAGACUUGGUAAAUGAGGCAGAGGGAGCCACAUCUAAAAUCUUGGAACCAGAUCUACAAUACUUUUAUGCUCACCCUGCUGUGAUAUCCCCAGCUAGACCUUUAGAGAAAGCAGAGAAGCAAGGAUCACAAGACAACAGAAACAGCAUUGUGGUGGAUGAACAAGAGUUGAGCGAGUAUGUGUCUUUGCUGGAGUCCUGCCUUCAGGCGGCGCUCUCUGAGGUACUAACAGAGGAGAUGAAUGCAGCCUAUGGAGAUCUGUGGACUGAGAUAGUGUACGUGAAACCUCCCUGGAGUCUGGAGGGGCUGCUGAAGUGUUUUAAGAAGCACUGGAUCGCCGUCUUCGGACUCAUUAUCAAUAGAAGCCUGCUCAGCUGUGUGGAAAUGCUCAAUGACUGUCUCUGUUCAGACAGGUCUGUAGAGCACACAUCUGUUCUUAGUGCUGUGAGUUUGGCUACAGAGCUGCUGUCUGCACUCUCUGGCAGAUCUCAGUACAACGGUCACGUAGCUCAUGCUCUUUCUACACUUCACACACUACAGCAAAGAUUACAGUCUCCAAAAGCUCCAUUAGAAAGUGGCGAAGCUGAUGAUGAGGACUCUCUGAUGGCAGAAAUAGAGGAAGAUGCAGCUUUACCUCCUUCCACAUCCCAUCAGGAGGUUUGGGCGUUGUUUGAGAGCAUCUGGAACAACGUGUGUCAGAUAAGUACAUCUUUGUUCUCAGCACUCCACUAUACUCCAGGAACCACUGAGUCCAGCCUGCGAUCUACCUCACCCCCACCUCAGGAAGCUCUGUCAUGCCUACAAAGGCUCUCCGCUGCACUAAAACAGCUACUGGAGGCUCUUCAGAGGCUGUUAUCUGCAGACAGCAGUGUUCAGGAUGCACAGACACUUCUGUCCUUCAUUGAGACUAGUGAGAUUGCUGCCAUGGAACCACGUUUCACUGCCAGGAGCCUGUUUGACUGCGUGUCUCAACAGGAAUACCGGGAGAAGCUGUGUGUGGGUGGAGCGCAGCUGUCUGAGCUGUGUGUGAAUCUGGAUCAGUGUGCUGCUGCUGUGAGAUCCUGGCCCUGAUUUACCACCACACACUUUCCAGGUUUGGACUCAGACAAGACUCUUUUGGACUGACCUGGUUUUGCAGGCUCAUAAUCUACUGGAACCAAACCUACUGACCAACGUACUGAUCCCUCCGUCGGUGUGUCAGUCACAUGACUCUGACGUAUAAUGCAUCUCAGAAAAAAAGGGCUGUCGGUCAGAAUAGACAAGAUCUCAAGUUUUAGUUAGAAGCUUCAGUAUAUUUUUAAUUGCUUUAUUUAUUUACUUCAUGUUUACUUUAAGUAUUAUAAGUAUAUAGUACUUAACUGUGCACCGUUUUAGUGAUAAUUAAAAAAUGUUUUUAGGUUUGUUAUUGGUUUUGGUUGGUUAUACUACAUAGAAAAAGAGAGACAAUUCAUUGUUGCAAGAAAUCCCUCUGAUGUCCAUGAGCUGUUGUGGUUAAUGUUUGCUCUGAGAGUUAUGAAGGUAUUUAUGACCCUGUUUAUUUUCUCUUUUAUGUCUAUUAGCUACCCUUCUAGAAACUAUCCUGAAAUCCCUUAGUUUGUUCCACGAUUCAAAGGUAUGAUUUGUCCCAAAAUCAAUAAAUAUAGACAUUUUAGGUCUAAUAAGCUGCUAUUUUUUAUUCUUAUCUAGUUUUGCUCAUGCACUAAAUGCCAGUAUACAUGAACCUCAGCAUAAUAAUUCAUGACAGAUUGUUUUGUAUCAAGAUUUCAUGUGAAGUGGUAUCAGUGGCACGGUUCUGUGUGUAUUAAUGUGAAAAAGAAUAAUAUAUUU